AUGGCACCGACAGGACUCACCGGUGGAUGCAUCUCGUCGAGCGGCGGAUGGUGGAUGCGGGUGGCUGCAGUGCUGCUGAUAAUUAGCUGUUUAUAUAAUCCGUCGGUGAAAGCACAACAGAGGCCGAAAAUUACCGAGCACCCGAAGGAUGCGGUUGCCGCGAAGGACGAACCGCUCACGCUGAACUGCAAGGCAACGGGAAGACCACCGCCAGAGUUCAUCUGGUACCAGAAUGGGGUGCCGCUGUCGCCCUCGGAUCGACGGGUGAUUCUUCCGGAAGGAUCGCUUUUCUUCCUGCGAGUUACACAAAACAAACGAGAACAAGAUGCUGGAGUAUAUCAUUGUGAGGCGCGAAAUUCGGCCGGAGUCGCGAUCAGCGAGAACGCCACAUUGCAGAUAGCAGUGUUACGGGAUGACUUUCGACUAAUGCCAAAGGAUACGGUCGCGUUGGUUGGCGGUCCUGUAGUGUUGAACUGUACGCCUCCACGUGGCAUCCCGGAGCCUUCGGUUCUGUGGAUCAAAGACGGCAAGAUCCUGGACAUUAACGGCAAACAUCACUCACUGGUGGAUUCCGGCAGCUUGAUGAUCUCCGAGAUUCAACCAGGCGAUUCGGGCAAAUACGAGUGUUCUGCGCAAAGCAUGGCCGGUACGAAGACGACGCCACCGGCCUAUCUCAAGGUGUUGGCACCACCUACGAUCGUGAAAAGUCCCCACGACACGGAGGUGCUUGAAGGCGAGGGUUUCGAUCUGCCAUGCCUGCUGGACGGCGAUCCCAAGCCGGUCGUAACGUGGCGCAAGGAAAGUGGCCGUUUGCCUGAGGGUCGCUCGAGGAAGCUGCUCGACAACACGCUCCGUAUCGAAGACGCUCGACAGGAGGACGAAGGCAAGUACUUCUGCGAAGGGUACAACGAGGGCGGCAACGUGACAAUCUCGGUGUAUCUGUACGUGUAUGAGGCUCCCACCUUCAUGGAAGCGCCAGUUGACGUGGUGAUCCGCGAGGGUGAACCACUCGUGCUGCCAUGCCGGGCGAAAGGACGACCGGGGGUGCGUAUCUUCUGGGACCGUAUCGACCGUAAACACGUGGAUAACAAUGACGUGCUGCAGCGUGACGAGAGUUCAGAGCACUCGACCCCAGGCAGCGCCGAAGGCUCGAGUCGUCGAAAGAGAAGAGCUACGGGAUGGGGCGCUCCUGAGGGGUACGCGUUCGCACCGGAAGUUGCAUCAUUCGUGGCGAAUGGUAGCGGCGAUGGAGGAGCUGGACGAGGUAACUGGUCGAUCAAGAUCGAGCCCGUCUCCGAGCGACAGCUGUUGCGACAGUAUCCUACGCGAGUGUCCACAUUGCUAGCGGAUUCGAGCGAUCGAAGUCGGAUGCUCCUGCGCACCAGGAGAGAUUCCCCAAUGGAGGACGAUCAUCAACAACAGCAUCACGUGGAUGGGACGUUGUCUCCUGAUGGUGGAACCGGAACGUUGGCGGCACCUACCACACACCCACACAGCAGCAGCGAGAUUGUGUUCGAGGAGAACGGCAGCUUGUCGUUCCGUCAGAUGUCGAAGGGUGAUGAAGGCUGGUAUGCUUGCGCAGCUAUCAACGAGGCCGGUAGCAUUGUGAAGAAAAUCCAUAUCAAAGUUCUGGUCGAGGGAGAGGCUCUGAGUGAACGUAGGGAUCCGAUUUCGGAGUACGAACAGCACCGAUGGGUGAACCACCAGCAGUUCAUUGUACUAAACAACGUCUUCACCGUGUCGGCCACCUCGAUCGGUAUCACGUGGGAUGUGACGGACAGCACGUCGCGUAUGCAGCUGCGCAUGUACUACCGUGUAGUGUCGAAACCCGUCGAUUACUACCUGUACAACUCGACUUUCAGCAGUGUUCUGACGACGAGCAACCUGAAGGAGCUUACGUUGAGCGGUUUGCGACCCUACAGCGAGUACGAAAUCUUCGCUAGUAUCCCGGAGGGAUUGGCAGGAUCUGUAUCGAACGUGAGACGUGGUCGUACCUUAGAUGGGGCUCCAACCGCUCCACCGAUCGACGUACGCGUUGGAGUCAUCAACACGACGGCCGCUUUCGUGCGGUGGUCGCCUCCUCCAGUACAUAUGCUAAAUGGAGAGCUUACCGGUUAUAAAAUUCAAAUCAAAUCCAAUGCCACCAACAAGGUUCUGGGGCAGAUGUCUCUUAACUCAUCCACACAGUCCGUCGUUAUCAACAGUCUUACACCAGGGGCAAUGUAUAUCGCUCGCGUUGCUAGUCUUACUGCCGGUGGAAUAGGUCCCUACAGCUCACCGACCUCGUUACACAUGGAUCCGCAAAAUAUCGUGAGAUCCGAUCCAACUCCCAGCUACUGGACCGCCUCGUGGAUGUCCGGAACGGUGAUAGUAGUACUGUGUGCGGCGCUGAUCAGCGCCGCCAUCUUCGCCAUCUUCUGGACAGUGCGGAAGAAGCAAAGUGUCAAAGCGUCCUAUCCGGGACCGUCGGUGACGACGAUCAUACCUGAUAAACAACACACCCUGUGGCUACACGGCAACACACUGGUGAAAGCGCCAUCUCACUCCCUGGAUCCACCAAGCACGUCGGAGUACGCCGAGCUCACGAACAACACGAUACCCUCCCAGACGAUGGGCAAAAUGAUGAUGGGUGGCGGAAGUAUCCCACCGGAACCGUAUGCUACCGUGACGUUGCAACGUGGUGGCAUGAUGACGCUCGGAGGGCUUGGAGGGUUGAACGGCCCCAAUGGUGGUGGUGGUAUGGGACCGACGCUGUCCGAGGAAUCGUGCCUGAAGUGUUCGAAUGGGAACAGUCCGGCCUCGAGCAACGAUUACAAUGCACCGAUGCGGGAACCGAUCAACAUUUCGGACAUGUUGCCGCCUCCUCCGGAUCAUCCUUACGGGACGUACCGGCCACCGAAUAAUAUGACGAUUCGCACCAAUCCGGCGGCUCUUUCACCGCAAAUGAUGCGCAAAAAUGGCUCCGGAGUGAGCCAAGGAAACGGACAGCCACGCUGGGACACGCUUCCACCGCCCAUUCCGAGCUUUCCUCAGAACUGGAUUCGACCUCAUCCGCAUCAGCAGCAGCAGCACCAUCAUCCGGACAUGUACAAUAAUGUGAACGCUCCAGAGAACGACUACGAGAGUGGAUCGGUGCUGUACGAGCAGUGCUACCGGACAGGACCUCCCUCGAGUGGAGGCGCGAGUGCUGGUGGUGGCAGUGCCAUGACCGAUCCCAUGUUGAUCGGCGGCAACAUUGAAUUUUUCAGCCAAGCGGGCGAACCGACGGAAGAGUUCUACCGCAACGUGAACCAGGAGUUUUCCGACGACAUGGGAUUCGAACCGGCGAGCCCACCAGCACCCUGUCCGGAGUCGAUUCCCUUCACCGGUGGCAACGCCGGUAAAUAUCUUGGUUCCUCUUCCAGCGAGAGCCCCAUGAUGACGGCUCGAAGACACAACAACAAUGGCCGCGGUGGAUAUGCGGGCCAUCAUAUGCAGAUGCAACACCAGCAGCACCAGAUGCAGCAUCAGCAGCAACAGCAGCAGCACCACGGACAGAACAGCGUGGAACACAGCUCGGAUGACAGCGAUUGUGACUGCGGCAAUGGCAGCAACGAGGGACGUUGGGUGCCUCGCAAUAAACCACGCUCUAGAAGCCGCUCGAAAUCGACCGACCGAAAGUACAACCGAAAUCUGAUACGAUAA